AUAGACUCACAAGACUCCUUCCUCUGCUCUGCUGCAUCGCCCCCUCUCCGCGCACACGGAAAGGAAGGAAAGAGACAGUCCUCCCGUGGGUAAACAUUUUCCGUCCGCAUUUACUGCUGCAACCCAAGCUGCAGGGUUAUCUUUGGCCUUUUCCCAUCUCCCCCACCCUCUCUCGGAAUCUCUCUGGUUUCAAACAUGCAGAAAGAACGCGAUGGAUCAUGUGAAUUGGACGAUCAAGAUGGCAAAGAAGAGGAAGACGACACAGAAACAGUUGAGCUUGUGCUGUUUCAAGUCUCUGAAUGUUACGUUUACAUGAUACCUCCAAGGAUAAGCGCAGCUUCUUACAGGGCUGAUGAAUGGAAUGUCAACAAAUGGGCAUGGGAAGGGACAUUGAAAGUCAUCAGCAAAGGAGAGGAGUGCAUUAUCAAGCUUGAAGAUAAGACUACAGGAGAACUUUAUGCUCGAGCAUUUUUGAGAGAAGGGGAACCACAUCCAGUGGAACCUGUAAUUGACAGCAGCAGAUACUUUGUUCUUCGGAUAGAAGAGAGUAUAGGUGGUCGUCUACGGCAUGCUUUUAUUGGUAUUGGGUUUAGAGAAAGGCCACAAGCAUAUGACUUCCAAGCUGCGCUUCAUGACCACAUGAAAUAUCUGAACAAAAAGAAAACCGCUGAAGAGAUGGAGCAACAUUACCAAAGCACUUCAUCAGUUGAUUACAGUCUGAAAGAAGGGGAAACUCUAGUACUUAAAAUAAAGAAUAAGAAAGGAAGCCGCAGAGUUAGGUCUGCUUUUUUUGAUCAGGGCCUCAACAAUCUCUCAUUAGAUGACAAAACAAAUAAGAAAGAUCCCAUGAUCUGUCUUAAGCCACCACCCCCUCCAGCUGCAACGGUUUCACCUGUUAAUUCUGAGCAGAUGUCUCCAGGAAGUUUGUCAUCUAACUUAACCCUUGAAGGAACUACACAGACUGAGUUUAUGCAUUCUAGAAAGGAACAACCAAAUCAUCAAAGUCAGAUCUCUGAGGACACUGCAGAAGAUGACUUUGGUGAUUUCCAGGCAGCAGGAUAAUUUGGUUUAUGAGAUUCAGUUACUUUUUGAAUGCUGAAAGUGUACAUUUCAAUUUUCUGGGUGAUAUGCUGGCUUUAUUUGAUGGCUGAAUAAUUUGUUUGUGAUUAAAUGCUUGUUUGUCUGAUAAUUGUUUCUCUGGGAUCACCUCUUAGAUUGAGUUCUGUACAUUUUUGUAAUACAACCAAUUUUCCGUUCAAAAUUGACAGAUCAUGUGGAACAUAACUCACCUUAAGUCUGUCUUUUAUUUUUCA